UUGAGAAGAAACAGCUUUUUAUUAAAAAAGCAAAAAUCGAGAUACAGGGAGGCGGACAAGGAGUCCGCUUUAAUGAUCUAAAGAGGGCAGCUAGGGCUAUAGGCCUAGCAUCUCGUCUAAUAAUACUAAUCAAGGCUUAGGGGCUUAUACUACAGCUGCUUGCCAGUUAAGAAUAAUGGAAGAAAGGUUAUAAUCCUUGAAUUCCUUAGAAAUAGAAACCCAUAAGGAUGCCCAAAACUUGACUCUCUCCCACAGGUCUUCCUUCUCCACCCCUCCAUAGUUUUCAAAUAAUCUUUUAUUUCUUUCCAUCCAGACCACCCAAACUACAGCUAGCACCCCACAACCCCAAAGGGUUCUGGCCUUUUUACUGUACCAAACGCUAUGGGGUUUUCCCUUAGCAAGUCAUUUCUCUGUAAUGGAGUUGUCCAGUCCACUCUUGCUUCCCAAAAUAAUUUUUUCCAUAAGAAAUUAGCCACUUCACAAUGCACGAAGACAUGAUCAGCACUUUCCCCUUGAGCUUUACAUAAAAUGCACCAGUGAGGAGAAAAACAACUUCCUGGUCUUCUCCUUUGAAGAACAUCACAUGUAUUUGUCUUCCCCAGUACCACAAGCCAUCCCAAAAUCUUCACCUUAGUAGGGACCUUGACCUUCCAAAUAAACUUUGCAGGAGGAAAAAUUGGAUCUGAUCCACCACUAAUUAAGAAGCUAUGGAAAGAAUUGCAAGAGAAUUUCCCAUUAGGCUCAAGCUUCCACCUCCUUAUGAACUUAUCAUAUAUGAACUUAUCUUAUAAGAAAUCAUUCUAAAAGUUGUUUCUGCUAGCUUGUUGAAAUAUACUGAACCUCCUUGUCAUGUGCAUCUUCUUUCAUGACUCAUGCGUAUGUUAUCUGUUUCAGAACUUGAACUUUGGUAGUCUGAUGUCUUGUUCCUUGCCAACUUCAGUUGCUCACUUAUUCAUAAAUACAUUGACAUAUCCAAAAAGUUUAAAGAAAGAAAAUAGCUAAGCUGGAGGGCUAAAUUCAGAGUUGUAGUUGUUGAUAUCCUUUUAAUUUAAUGUUCCAUAAAGUAACAGAGUUAUGUUUUUUUUCCUAAGAUCCCUGUUUUAUCUUCAUAAUCAUCUUACUAUAAUUGUUUCUGCUCGAUGUAACUAUUUUCUGCACUAUCCUAACCCUAACAUGUUGUAUUGUGUUCUCCGAUGUUUCAGUUAUUGCAUGCGGGUUAAUCCCUCCUUGGUCGAGGACUGGGAUUCGGACAAUUGGGUAUGCGAAUCAUGUGAACAGGGCAAUGGGAUGCUUUCUCCAAACUCUAGUAUUAAGGAAGACACAUUAGAGUCAUCAACCAGUCGAGGCCACUAUGAUGGCGUGCAUUCAACAGGUCCCAGCAGAAAUUGUAAUGGUUCAGGGUGGCAAUCUCACUCUAAGAGGCAAAAGCCUGUUGUGAAUGGAAAAGUUAAGUUCAUUACAAAUGAAAAAUUCAGGAGGCUAUCUUUGGCAGACCCGUCUCAGAAGACUCCUGUUGGGUACAAAACUAUUACUCCAAAGUCUCCUGUUUCCGGGGUUAAAGAAAAUCAAAAUUUGAAACAUUCACAAGCUGAUGUCUUCAUUCCUGCAACAGAUGCUGAAACUUGUAAGAAGAAGGAGACUGCUUCAAAAAGGAAGUCAUCCACAAUUACAACAUUGAGGAACUUUUCACCUAUAUCUAGUCCAGAAAAAAGGGCUCCUGGAACACCCACAAAAGGGCAUAUUAUAAAAGAACAACCAAUUGAUGCAUCACUACUUUCUGAGGGAGUUGAAACUUCUAGUAGGAUGACAGUAGAGGAACAGACCAAAUUCUCAUGCACACCAUCAACAUCAAGGCAUUCACCAUUUAAUAAUAGUUAUGGACCUUAUGGAGGCAACACUUCUACUGAUGAAAAUAAUCAUUCAGAUGAUAGAGAGAGAGACCACCUGAAUAAGUUUCCUAGUUUCCACUCGUAUUCUCCUGCUUUACAUGCUACUUGGAAGGGAGGCUUCAUCAUUCUUGAUUCAGAAACACCUGCUCAAUUCAUUGGUGGAUUCCAAGCACAACCUCCCUGUACUGUACAUCAAUAAGCCUAUGAGUUUUCAUGAAAUUUGCCUCCUGUCUUCCGGGCCGCUUUGCUUCCUAGAUUGCUUCUUUGGGCUGAUCCCUUCUGAGAGGAAUGUCCUGAUCUUCAAGAUGUUGGACUUUACUUUUUCCCUGAUGAUAACAUUGCCAGAUCAAGAGAGACCUAUCAUGGAUACCCAGAAUUCAGUGAUGAGGAUUUACUUUGAUGGAGUGGAUGCUGUGGAUUUGUUGAUAUUUACAUCUAAACAGCUGCAUUUAGAUUCGCUGAAAACCGUGACAAGUCCAAGUACAGAAAACUUCUUAUGGGGAAUUUUUCAUGACAAGAAUCAUUGUCGAGCUGACAUGUAUGACAAUGGAACUACUGUUGAUAUGGAAGUUGACAUGGCUGGUGGAAAGAUGGUUGGAACCGUUGAUGUGGUUGUUCUGAAAGAUUCAUCCACCCGUUGUAGAAGGCCUGACCCUAUCAUGAAAGCAGUGCAGCAACUUUUGACUAUUAAGAAGGAGGAGCAUUCUUCAUACCUGACCAGAUUGAGGGUUCUAGAUUGUACUAUUAAACAAUUGUUGGCAUUUAACUCAGAGGAGCCUAUCAUGAAGGAUGAGCAUUCUGCAUCAUUGGAAAUGAAGACGGUGUGUAGCAUGCAAGUGAAGUUGGAGAAAGAUGAGGAUGAAACCUGCCUUAAAACGGACAAGAAAACACUCCCAUGUUUGCCAUGCCUGAGCCUAGCUCUCAAAGUGUUGCUGGCUCAACUGAUAAAAUGGUAGGGACAACUUCAACUGUAGAUGAGAUUACCAUACCUAGGAUGCUUUGCAGCAAAGAUAACCACACCACAAUGAAAGAAAAUACAGACACCGUUCGACCCCAUCACUUCCAAAGGUAUACAAAGUUUCCGCGCAGAGUUUUGUUCACAAGAAACAGAGUUAUGAGUUGAGAGUAGGAGCUAGUCUGCUACGGUUGUGAGAUGUUUAGUUAUAGUGGUAUUACUGGAGUGAGUCUCA